CCCCGUCGCGCCAGCCCGCCCUGCCUCGCCUCGCCCGCACCAUGGGCAGCCACAGCUCGAAGGCGGCCAAGGGGGACGCGAUAGGCCAGCAGCAUCCCGUCGAGGCGGCCGCCGCCGGCGCCGCCUCGCCCUCCAAAGCCAACGGCCAGGAGAAUGGCCAUGUGAAGGUAAACGGAGACGUUUCGCCCAAAGCAGACGGAGAGGCCGCCCCCCUCAAUGGCAACGGGUCUGCCGAGCCAGUUAAGGAGGAGCCCAAGACGGAGACGGGCAGCGGGGAUGCCAUUGAGCCUGCACCAGUGGCCGAAGGGGCAGACGCCAAGCCAGAGGCGGCCGCCGCCGGGGCGACCAAAGAGACCCCCAAGAAGAAGAAGAAGUUCUCUUUUAAGAAGUCCUUCAAGCUGAGCGGCAUCUCCUUCCGGAAGACCAAGAAGGAGGCCGGCGAUGCUUCGGCCGUGUCCUCUCCCAGCGAGGAGCAAGGGAAGGCAGAGGCCAAGGGGGAGGAUAAUGCGGCUUGUGCUGUCGCGGAGACGGGGGCAGCCAGCGCAACCAAAGAAGAAGCCUCUGAGGAGCAGGCUGUGGCCCCGGUCGAAGCUCCCCCCGCCGUGGAGGCUCCGCAGGAAGUGGAGGCCCCAAGGGAGGAGAGCAACCCAGAGCAAGGGCCUGUGGAAGAGAAACAGCAACCCGGGGAGGAGCAGGAGGACAGGAAGCCGGACGAGACCUCGAAACCAGCGGAGGCCGAGCCCAGCCCUGCACCCGGGCUUCCUGAGGCCAAGGAAGAAUAGAGCCACCUUCUUUUGUGCACCUAACUUAAAAAAAAAACACAAAACUUUUUCGUGCCAUCCUUCUCAUUCCAGUAACCCCAUGGAAUUGCUGCCUUGUUCACAAACACACCAC